CCGACGCCAGCGUGGGAGAGGGAGGGUAAGCGACUUUCAGAAGAGGGGUGGACGACUGUCGGCAGUAUAGUUUUCACGUUGCUCAUGUGACCCAAGACACUGACGCAGGCUAGACAUUGUUGGGCUGAUGGUAGAUAGCGACAGUAGAUUACCUCCUGCUGUGCCAUCCAGACCCUCCCUGCCUGAGCCCCUCCCUCGGUGUGCCAGUGCUGCAGGCCUGCAUGCAGCAGGGCAGGGACAGGCUGCCAGAGGGUGGGGCCUCUGGCUCCAGAAGGGGCUCCUCCCCCUCAGGCCACCACGCCCUCUCCAAGGUCACUGAGAAUGCCAAGGAGAGCAUGGGAGUUCUGGGCCAGGGGCUCAAACAGCUGUUCCAGCAGCAGCGCAGACGCCUGUCCCUGUCUCGCUCCAACACCACCUCCUCCUCCCCUUCCUCCUCCUCCUCCUCCUCCUCAUCAGUGGUGUCAGUGGGCGGUGCGUCUCGGUACCCCGCUGAGGACACCCCUCCACCCCCGGCCCCCUGUCCUGAAUCUGACCUCCCCUCAUCUACUGUGGUUCCCCCCCUAGCUGGUCCUGGCUCGGCCCCAGUGGGGAUGAUGAGGAGAGGGACCAGCCUGCAGAGCCGGCUCAUUAAGGGCUCAGGGGGGGCCGGGUUGGGGUCUGGGUCAGGUGCCGGGACAGGGAGUGGAGAGCGGGACCCCCUCAGUAGAGGAAGCCCCCAGACCCUCCAUCGCCGCCAGACCCACGAUCCGUCCCAGCACGUCAGCCGCACUCGAUCGUCCUCCACCACGGACCCCACGCCCAGCAGCCCCAGUCCUGGCUACGCCCCCGGAGACGUGCUGCUGUCGCCAGGGUACCAGUCCACCGAGGAGACAGAGCGGAUCGACCGGUUGGAGGUGAGUGGGUUGGCUCAGACCCCUCUGUCCGUGUCGUGUGGGGCUGACGGCUCCUUCUCCGGGGCUGACGAUGGCACCCCAGACCCCCAGCGCACCAAGCAGGCCAUCGCCCAGCUGCAGCAGAAGAUCCUCAAGCUCACAGAGCAGAUCAAGAUCGAGCAGACUGCCAGGGAUGACAACGUGGCCGAGUACCUCAAACUGGCAAACAAUGCAGACAAGCAGCAGAGUGCCCGCAUUAAACAGGUGUUUGAGAAGAAGAACCAGAAGUCGGCCCAGACCAUCCAGCAGCUGCAGAGGAAGCUGGAGCACUACCACCGCAAGCUGCGUGAGGUGGAGCAUAACGGCAUCCCUCGACAGCCCAAGGAUGUGCUCCGGGACAUGCAGCAGGGGCUGAAGGACGUGGGGGCCAAGGUGACGGGCUUCAGUGAGGGGGUGGUGGACAGUGUGAAGGGGGGUCUCUCCAGCUUCUCUCAGGCCACGCACUCGGCUGCCGGGGCGGUGGUGUCCAAACCCCGCGAGAUCGCUUCGCUCAUCCGCAACAGGUUCGGCAGCGCCGACAACCUCCCCUCCCUCAAGGACUCUCUGGACGACCCUUCGGGGGAGGACGGGGUGACCGGCGGUGGGGGGCGCUCGUUGGGCAGCGCGGGACACCAUUUCCAGUCCAGUCCCAAGUACGGCAGCGAGGACGACUGCUCCAGUGCCACGUCAGGCUCAGCAGGGGCCAACAGCACCACGGGAGCCCCGGGGGGACCCCCCAGCUCCAAGGGCAACACCCUGGAGAGGAGCCAGAGCUCAGGCAUGGACAUGCUGCUGCAAGAGGUGCAGGAUCUGAGGGAGGGCCAGACACGCCUGGAGGAGAGUCUGGAGGGCCUGAAGAACCACUACCAGAGGGACUACACUGUCAUCAUGCAGGCCCUGCAGGAAGAACGCUUCAGGUGUGAGCGUCUGGAGGAGCAGCUGAAUGACCUGACAGAGCUUCACCAGAAUGAGAUCCUCAAUCUGAAGCAGGAGCUGGCCAGCAUGGAAGAGAAGAUAGCCUACCAGUCCUACGAGAGGGCUCGGGACAUACAGGAGGCGCUGGAGGCGUGUCAGACACGCAUCUCCAAGAUGGAGCUGCAGCAGCAGCAGCAGCAGGUGGUGCAGCUGGAGGGGCUGGAGAACGCCACGGCCCGCACCCUGCUGGGGAAGCUCAUCAACGUGCUGCUGGCCCUCAUGGCCGUGCUGCUGGUCUUCGUCUCCACCGUGGCCAACUGUGUCGUCCCCCUGAUGAAGACGCGCUCGCGCUCCUUCUCCACCCUCCUCCUUGUCCUCCUCUUCGCCUUCCUGUGGAGGAACUGGGACGCCCUCUCGGGAUACACACACCGAGCGCUGCAGCCCCCCAGAUGAUUGGGGCCAGGCGGGAAGUGUUCGCGUUGCUAAGGAGACGUCAAUGGUGUGACUUCUUGUCGCACACAGGAAGCCGGAGAGCCUAACUGCAAUAGGAUGUGAAGGCUGUCUCGUCGGGCUCUGAGGAUUUCUCCAAUCAGCUGUCACAGAUAUGCAGGAAUUGGAAGUAAACCAGAGCGAAAGAGACAAGGAGGGAAGAUCAGUGAACAGUCACAUGACUUUCCUUUGGAAAAGAAGAGACUUUGUUUACAUAUUUGGAGACAAGAUAUUAUAGUGUUCUUUUCCUCACAGGAUGCAAUGUCAUACUGGUUUUAUUUUUAGAGGUUAAUCAAGUAUAUUGUCUUUACAUUUUCUAAUAUUUCAUUUGAAACGUUAUUAUAUUCUGUACCAUGUAGCAUUAAGCUCCUCCCACUCUGCACAAAGAGGAGCUUGUCAGGAAACUGAUUGGCUAUUCACCUCAGGGGCUAACCAGCCCCUCUGUCGAGACAUGAACAUGUUAUUGGCUGCCUUCGGGAAAUGACUCACUACCGAGCUGUGAUUGGUAGAAAUGUGAAGGCAAACGUUCCUCAAACCUCUGCUACUUGAUUCUGAGACCAGACAGAACCUCAGAGAACCAUCCAUUUGCCAGAGUCAAAGGAAGGACGUUAAGUUGAGUGUCAUAAUGCAUACAGACUCCUUGUGCUUCCGUACUGUUUUACUAGAAAUGAUUUACGUUUUUAAGUCAACAAGACGAUUGAACUGUUUUAAAUAGGAGAGUGACAAACAUUAACUACAUAUAGAAUGUGGCACCAGAAAAGACAGAGGUUUGGGUAGACAACUUGCCACAAAACCACUGAAUAGGACCAUAGGGGCUAAUGUGAUAGCCCACACACUGUAUUAUCCAUUUGGUCCCAAAUGUGGUUUUUCUGAAUUGCUCGUUUUUAUUAACAUUUACAAAAUCCCAGCACCUUACAGCACCCUGUACCGGACCCCCUGGGGGUAUAGGAGAAUGUGAAAUGACGUAGGUCGUCCAUCCUGUAGAUGACACAGACUUGAUAGGUGGUGUCCUCAUGUCCUGCCAAAUUGGACCUCUAAAAUCUAGUUUGAAGGAAGGCUGAUUCAUAUCUACAUUAAUAGUUGUCUCCACUGCCAUGUCAAUUCAAUGCACUUACCUGUGUAGGAAUAUUCUGCAUCACACUUCUACUGUCGCUGCUGAGUGUUUCACUCCCACCCUUUGCCACCCUACCAUUCUUCAUGCCAAAACAGGGAGGGGCCUGUUAGGGGUCAGGUGUGCCAGAAGGAGACCUAGGUCAGGAACUGUCAAAGCAUGAGAACACAGCGUAGUCCUUCUGUGUGAACAGAAAGCACACGGUGCAGUAGUGCAUUCAUGACAUUUUUCAAGGUAAGGGCGAUGUAGUACUGUGAGAGACACAACCUCUGUGAUCAGGAUGUUGGGUAUUUAGAUGUGCAUGUCCUAACCCUGAUCCUGGUCUACAACUCAGUGUGCUGGCUCAGUAGAGUAUCAGUCUUAUCUUUAUUCAUCUGCUCCAGAGACAGUCCAGCUAAAGUCCACCAUGCUCCACAGAAGAUAACAGUAGGCCCAAUCAGUGGAAUUGUUGACCUGUACUUCCUAGUACUGUACACUGCUAGAGGACAAAGAUUGUAAUACACUUGAUAGAAAUUCCAUAUAUAGUUGUUGAUGCAUAGCCCUCCUUGAUACGGGUGGUGUUCAGGAUUAUAGUUAUUACUUUGGAACAGUUUUACAGAAUAGGAAUAAAUGGAAGUUAGUUGACACUGCAGUGGAUGUAGACUUAUUUAUGGCAUCCGAAUGAAUAUACACCCAGAAUGAAUAUUUUUCAUAUGUUGUGGUUGUGAACUCAGCCCAGUAGAGCUGCUCUCUGGCCCUGGUUAGACCUUGCAGUGACCUUUCUGAUGCAGCAUGGUAGGGUUGUGGAGCAAAACCACUCCAGUGCCUUCCAAUGUCCUUUUCUAAGUGUGGGAUAAUAAAAUAAAGUGCAUUCCUGACUAACUUA